CUAGCAUAAGGUUUUUUAAUGUAAGAAAAAUGUAAGCAAACUGCAUACAAAGAUAACAAGAUUAAAAAGUAGGUAAAGCAGAAGUAAGAAAACCACAGAUGCGUUAAGAUGGCAGCAUUGUUCGCGCAAAAAAACAAUUUACCACUUUAUUUACAAAAUAAUAUUAUUCAAAGCAUGAACUCUGUGAACAAAACAAGCUAAAGCAGAAGAGAGAAACCACAGAAAGAUGGUGUGAUAAGACAACAGCAUUCUCUGUUCUGAGUUAAAUUGACUGCUGCACUUAUAAGAAAGACCAACGGUGUAAUAGUUUAUCCAAAAAGUACAUAUAAAAAAGAGAAAUCUUCAGAUUCUGCCUGCAUUAACCGUGAAGAAGACCUGAUAGCCUAACAGCAGGUUUGUGCUGAUUUAGUUCACUUUUUACUUAAAUCCAUUUAUUUGCUGAUUUUAUUAUUUUAUAGGGGUGUGACGAGACAGGAAGUUCAUGAGAACAAGACGAGACGAGAUUUUUACACAGUAUUUUUAAGAAAUCUUCAAUGGUGAAAUACAUGACUAAAAAUAAUCUGCAGGUGCAUUUGAAAUGUUUUAACUAAUCAUCCUGUAAUGAAUGUAAUUUCAGUUCUAUUUUCUGAUUAUGAAUUAUCAUCUGUAAAAGACAACAAUACUAAAGCACAGUAAAAGGUUGUCAAACUCAACUGACUGGGUUCUCUCCUGUAUAAUUUCAUAUGAGAAUCUUCUACAGUAACUGCUUAGCAUUGUAAAAAAUAAAAUAAUAAUUUCUUAUGCAUUCACUCACAUGAUUGACCAGUUAAGCUUAAACACAUAAUUUAAAGGUUUCUCUUCCAUUUGAAGUGACUCAGUGUUUAAUCAGAUCAUGUGUGCUUAAAAAUAAUGACAAAUAAGUGAUUGAAUGAUUGACAGCUUAUCGAGAAGCCAUAACCAAACAGAAAGAAAAUGAGUGACAGAGGUAUGUACAUUUACAAGUACAGUACUGCAUUCAGCCUAGAUAUAAUCAGAUAUAUAAUAAUCUUUUAAAAUAUCAGUAAUCUCAAUAAUAAAUCACAUGUGUAUCUUCAUAGUACCUCUAAUUUCAAACAGAAGUGGCAAUGAUUCAUCAGCAAGAAAAUCCUCUGCUGUGAGACGGAGGAAUGAGCCACAGCGACAUGAGAGGAUACAGCAAUCGACAGAAGACAGUACUACAAAAUCAGCUUCAUCUGAACUCAGGAUUGUUCUUGUGGGUAAAACUGGAUCAGGAAAGAGUGCGACAGGAAACACCAUCUUAGGUGGAAAGUGUUUUGAUUCGGCUGCUUCAGCAGUUUCAGUUACUGACACCUGUAAGAGUGGAAAAGGACAGAAUGAUGAAAGGAUCAUUUCAAUCAUCGACACUCCAGGCCUGUUUGAUACGAAAACGACGGAACAGAAAAUGAAGGAGGAAAUAGUGAAGUGUGUCUACAUGUCUGCUCCUGGUCCUCAUGUGUUUCUGAUGGUCAUCAGAGUGGGGAGAUUCACAGAAGAGGAGAAGAACACAGUGAAAUGGAUUCAGAAGAACUUUGGAGAAGAAGCUGCACGUUACACCAUCAUUCUGUUCACUCACACUGAUGCACUAGAUGAUGAUCAAUCAUUAGAUGAGUAUAUCAAUGAAAGUAAUGAUCUCAAGGCUCUUGUUCAUGAGUGUGGAGGCAGAUUUCACUCAUUCAACAAUAAGAACAAGGAGAACCGCUCUCAGGUCACUGACCUGCUGAAGAAGAUUGAGAAGAUGGUGGAAGCGAAUGGAGGACUGCAUUAUACCAAUGAGAUGUACCAGAAAGCUCAGAGCAGGAUACAAAAUAGAGCACAGUUCUGGUCUGAGACACCGAGGAUUGUGCUGCUUGGUAAAACUGGAUCAGGAACGAGCUCUGCAGGAAACACCAUCCUGGGUCAAGAGGGUUUUAAGAGGAGAAAACCAGCAGAUUCUGCUACUGAAUCCUGUGAGCUACAUAAUGUACAUGUGGACGGAAAGAGCAUGAAAAUAAUCGACACUCCAGGACUGAUUGAUGCAUCAGAAGAGAUGAUGAAGACUGAAAUAGAGAAGUUUGUCUUGAUGUCUGAUCCUGGUCCUCAUGUGUUUCUGCUGGUCAUCAAACUGAACACAAGAUUCACAGAUGAAGAGAAAAACACAGAGAAAUUGAUUCAGAAGAACAUUGGAGAAGAUGCUCUUCGUCACACCAUCAUUCUGUUCACUCAUGCUGAUCAUCUGAUGGGUAAACCAAUAGAUCAGUAUAUCAGAGAGAGACACUAUCUUCAGUCACUGGUCAGCAGCUGCGGUGACAGAUAUAUCUCAUUCAACAAUCAGGACAGAAGCGAUCACAAUCAGGUCACAGAGCUGCUGGAGGAGAUUGAAAACAUGGCAGAGAGAAAUGGAUGGAAGAACUACACAAAUGAAAUGUUUCAAAAAAUUGUGAAAGAUACCAAGAUUGAAAAAGUGCCAUCAUAUUCUGGAGCAGUUGUAGAAGCAGGUGUAGGAGCAGUUGUAGGAGCAGGUGUAGGAGCAGGAGUAGGAGCAGGAGCCAUGGUCGCAGGAGGUGUCGUCCUGGGAGUAACAGAGGUGGUCCUGGCUCCAGUACUAGUGAUUGCAGGAGGUGCAGCGUUACUUGGUGCAUCAGUUUGGUAUCUUGGUAAGAAGGUUUAUUUGCGUUUGUAAGAUACUUUUGUGAUUCUCAGUGUUUGUGCAUGAAUCUGUGGCACAUUAGAGGAUUACAAGAUCAGCAUUUGUACAGUUUCACCAAAGUAACUGUGUAGGUUCUAAUUUCCAGUUUGUCUCAUGUUUGUCAUCAUUAAUAUGUAUAAUUAUGUGAUGAUUCUGCAGUGUAAUGAGUCAGAUUGAUCUUUAUAGCCUGGUAUAUAUUGUUCACAUAUGAGGAAUUUAUCUUGGUCACAGAAGCUUCUGUGCACAGACAGUGAUAAGCAGUGUUGGGCACGUUACUUUAAAAAACUCACAAAUUCUCACAAAUAGUAACUGAGUUACAUCAUUAUAAAAGUAACUAAUUACCAGGGAAACUAACUAUAGCGUUGGGAAUGUCUGUAGGGGGAAUGUCUGUAGAACUUGCGAAAACAAAUGUUCCAACUUCUCAUCAACAGCUCCUUGAAUUCACACACACCACGACAAAAUGGCGUCAUUACCCGCCGUAAACCCAUGUGUAAGAGGCGUGGUCAGGAGAAAAACUUAAUAAUUUAAGUGCAUUUAACUUAAAUUUAUUAACACAUUCAA